GGGGAGGGAAGAGCGGGCUGCGUGUCGUCGCAGCCGGAGCGCACGGACAAGCUUCAGUUUUACGCACAGAGCCGCGCCGAAGCCCGUGGAGCGACUUUUCCACGCCGCCGCUGUGCAGGCAUUCUGCUGCAGCGAUCUGAAAGAGAAGAAGAAGGAGAAGAGGCAAAAACGCAAGCUUCUCUUUCAUCUCGUCUGCUUUGAGGAGGAGGCGGCAGCGAGGGACCAGGGGUGUCCCCCCGUUUUGUGUGUGUAACACACCGCGUGUGUGUGCGGCCGUGUGUUUGUGUGUGUUUGGAACAAGAGGAGAAGAGAGAGAGAGAGAGAUACGAGGGUAAAACAGAUCGGACGCGCCGCGCAGGAGACAGCCGCUUUUGGACACGUUUUGAAGACACAAGCUGCCCGACUACAAGGUCUGCACGCGGAAAAAAUAUAAAACAGAACUUACUUUGCAUCACCUCUGCCGUCCUUUAUUCUCAUCGUGCUACUGAUUUGAUUUUGGAGUUUUUUUUUUUUUUUGGCGUCUCCAAGUUGUGCCGCUGAAGGACGCACCUCGGGACUUUGACGCAGACGUCUCCCUGCCUUCUUGCUGCUGGACAUGGGCGCAUCUGAGGCCACACAACGGUAGACGGAGGGAUCGGAGCUGCUGUCCUGCUUUCCUCCUAUCUCUUGCAGAGUGGACCCACUUUUGAAAGCGCGUGUUUUUUUCCUCAGUCUGGGCCUAAGGCCGACUUGUUUAAAGGUCCUUUUUUUGCUUCCGGCAACAGCGAAAGAGACCAAGUCUUCCUCCCUCAGCCCGCACUCCCUCUCUCACUUUUUUGGAAGCUGAACUUUUAAAGGAAAAUGGGGCAUUGAGAGGGUUUGGCAGAUCUCCCCACACUAUAAUGGCUACAGACACCUACCUGGUGAACGACGAUCCUGCCAGAGGCCCAGGGAUGCCUGAAUGUUUCCUCGUGUCGGACACAUACAGGGAUGAAUUCCACCCCUUCAUCGAGGCCCUGCUGCCCCAUGUCCGCGCCUUCGCCUACACCUGGUUCAACCUGCAGGCCCGCAAGCGCAAAUACUUCAAGAAGCACGAGAAGCGCAUGUCCAAGGAGGAAGAGCGCGCAGUGAAGGAUGAACUGCUGGGGGAGAAGCCAGAGAUCAAGCAGAAGUGGGCCUCGCGCCUGCUGGCCAAGCUCCGCAAGGACAUCCGGCCUGAGUUCCGUGAGGACUUUGUGCUCACCAUCACAGGGAAAAAGCCCCCCUGCUGCGUGCUGUCCAACCCGGACCAGAAGGGCAAGAUCCGUCGCAUCGACUGCUUGCGCCAGGCCGACAAGGUGUGGCGGCUGGACCUGGUGAUGGUCAUCCUGUUCAAGGGCAGCCCCCUAGAGAGCACAGACGGGGAGCGGCUGGUCAAGUCACCACAGUGCACCAACCCUGGCCUGUGUGUCCAGCCGCACCACAUCGGAGUGUCCGUCAAGGAGCUAGACCUCUACUUGGCCUACUUCGUCCACACGCCAGAAUCUGGACAAUCAGAUAGCUCCAGCCAACAGGGGGACACAGACAUCAAACCACCGCCCAAUGGGCACCUGAGUUUCCAGGACUGCUUCGUCACUUCAGGGGUGUGGAACGUGGCAGAGCUGGUCAGAGUGUCACAGACUCCUGUUGCCACGGCAUCAGGUCCCAACUUUUCACUGGCUGACCUGGACAGCAGUCCCAGCUAUUACAACAUCAACCAGGUGGCUCUGGGGCGGCGCUCCCUGACCUCCCCUCCCUCCACCAGGUCUGAGGUGGAGUUGUACGCAAACCUUCCACGGAGCUCCACCAAGAGGAAGUCAUUAGACGACAGCGAGCUGGAGAGCCCAACAGAUGAUGUUUUCUACCCUGGACGCUCACCUGCCGCCAGCUCAUCCCAGUCCAGCGCGUGGCCCAACGACAUGGAUGCAGUGCAGCACCAUUUGGCGAGUGUGCAGGAGAGGAAGAUAAAACAUGAAAACGAUGGCGUGCAGUUUCCUUACCAUGGACUGUCCUCGCCUGGUUCACUUAAGAAGCCGGGGAAGUUUGAUUUCAACGCCCUGACUUCCCAGACGAGGUCCCCCCGCAUGGCGUUCACACACCACCCGCUGCCUGUGCUGGCAGGAGUGAGACCAGGGAGUCCCCGUGCCUCAGCCUCAGCCCUGCACUUCCCCUCUUCCUCUAUCAUCCAGCAGUCCAGCCCAUACUUCACCCACCCCACCAUACGCUACCACCACCACCAGGACCCGCUCAAGGAGUUUGUGCAGUUUGUGUGCACUGACGGGACAGGACAGCCCAGCGCACAGCCUAAUGGAGGUGGCCAGAGCAAAAUGCCGGGCUCCUUCCUGCUGCCCCCGCCACCCCCGGUGGCACGCCCUGUGCCCCUCCCCAUGCCCGACUCUAAAAUCAUCAGCACGCCCACUGACGGCGGACUCAGCUCACCCGCAUCUCCGUCAUACUCCACGCCAGGCUCCACAGCUCCCAACCGGUUUGUCGGCAUCGGAACACGGGACAACUUUCUGAAUAUCCCCCAGCAGACUCAGUCCUGGUUCCUCUGACAAGGCCUCUCUGAAUCAAGAGCUAAAAUUGUGUCAUGAAAAUUGGAAAAUGUAAAACAAACACAUCAACGCUGAUUAAGGACAGACUGCUGACACUAAAAGAUCUUUCUCUCUCACCAACACUAUUCAAAGUUGUACUACAGAACCCCCUAAACUUCCCCCCACCCAAGAGGACUCCCAAUCCAACCUGAUUCGAACAGGAACGUUGGUCCCCCUUCAUGCAGGAGGCUUCAAUGAGACUGAGUGGACAGAUUCAGAAUGCAACAAGGAGGAAGAGGAAGAUGAGGAACUGUCUCACACACCAUGAAAUGUCAGAAAGGAAACAAUAUGGAAAACUGACAAAUGACCAAUUAUACAUUUGUUCUUUUUUAAUGAUUUUUUUUUUCAUUUUGUUGUCUCCACAAUGAAACUCCAUGCAUUGGCUUGGAGAUCCAAAAAAAAAGAAGAGAGUAGUGGUAAAACGGUGAAGUCGGAUGUGCAAAUUGAAAUCUAGUCACCCAAACAGCACACCCCCAUAUCUGUGUAUUUAUCCGCUCACCUCUCCUCCAGGUCCACUGGAUUCUUACAUUACACCCCUACCACCAGGGUCCAGACGGUAAUCACAGCCUUGUACCUGCGUGUCGCCACACUCUGCCUGCUUCACUCGCUCAGCCCUGAGCCUUUUUUUUUUUUUUUUUUUUUUUUUCAUUUCUGAUUGGCCAAUCCUGGUGACACCAUCAGAUGGUAGUCACACAUAUGCACUAAGUGGCUGGUCUUUGUUUACCUGUCAGAGAGUCAGGGCGUACUGCUGCGAGAGAAGCAAUAGCCAUGAGGCGAGUGUAAGCGAGUGAACACACGACAGACAGUCAUAACACUAACUCUACAUGUGCUCUUUCGUCCCCUCACCUAUGCACUAUUAAUUCUGAAUAAGGGAUGAACAGUAUUGCACACAGCGAUGGUCAGAUGAGCGAUUAGAGAAGUGAGUGGAGGCUGGCUGCCACUGCAGGGAUGGGGCUGUGCUAACAGUGAAGUCUGGGCCUUAAAACAUAAAGCAGACACAUAUGCACACACGCUUGCUUGCAGCCUGUUCAUGCAGACUUUCUCCCAGGAAAGUCUGUCAGACAACCAGCACAUCACAUCAUCUUAUUUUUCAUAGACAUGAGGUUUAAUUUACAGAAAUACACACCCAGCAUCUACAUCAUAUUUUAGCUUUCAGUUUGUUUGUAGGUGUUUUCUUGCAAUUUCAGGUUUUUUGUGCUGGAUUUGGUUUUGAUUUUGUCUCACUUGGAUUGUUUUAACUUUUGCUUGCAUGUCAUAACACUUUUAGCUUCAGUUUUCAAUAGUCUGUUCAGUUUUCACUAAAACAGUAAGAGCAGUUUCUCAAAUCUCUCCCGUAUGGACAGCACAGUAUAACAACAGCUCAUCACAUGCAACCCUUGCAUUGCUUUAUCCUUUAGUCCAGUCACAGGAAAAAAAACAAGAGGACAACAAACACACAUGCACACAAACACGCAUUAGAAAUGCACACUUACAUCACCUGACAUUAAACGAUAAAGGGAAGCCUUUAUAUUUGGUUCUCCAAACUGCCUUUGUUAAUGGUUUUUCAUUCUCUUAAGAGUUUUUUUUUAAUUUGAGAUUUUUUUUCUAUGUAAAUGUUCACAUUGUAAAAUUGCUAUUGGUUUUCUUUACAUCAUGACACAAUCCAACAAAAGCCGACCUCACAAAAUAACUGGACUGCCUAGCUGUUGGUUCUGUUUUGCAGGGAUAGUAAACAGGUCUGAGGCCAUGUUCUCAGCCUCUCUAGUAACAUUAGCUCUAUGUACUAAAACCAUAUAUCAAGUUUAUAACAAUAUAUGAAAGUGCCUCUGUAUUCCCUUCAUGCAAUUAGUAAUAAAGUGACUUCAGGUUCUCUUCCCACAUAUAAGCUACAGCUACAGCGAGUGGUAGCGUUGGUGCAUGUGGAACCAUUGGCCGAGGACAGAACUUUAUAGAGGACUGCAAACUUUUUUUUUUCUUUUGUAAAGACAGAGAGAGAGAGAUCUUAUACAUAUAUAUUUAUGAUAUAUGCUCCUUUUUAACUUUUACUACAUGAGCUGGUUGGCAGUCUAGUUAUUUUCUGAACUCUCACCUUCCUUUUCACCCCCCUCCACGACCCCGUUUCAGUGACAUCACCUUACUGUUACCAGUGAGGAUCAAACGACACACACCCUCGCCGUCUGCAGCACAGCAUUAUAAAAACUAGAUGAACAUGUCAGAAAUCGACAGUAGGUUUGAAGAAAAAAAAAGUGUUUGUUUUUUGAUGGAAAGUAUUAUUAUUGAAAAUAUGUGUCGAUUGAGCCACGUGCAAUGCAUUGGGUAGAUCAUUGUGUUUGUCUGUUAGAGAUUUUUAAGAAAGCUACGAGAAAAGAGAAAAAAAAAGUAUUUGUUUCAAGUCCAUGAGCUCCAGGACUCUAAACUCGAGGGCCAUGAAAAAUCCUAGUCUUUGUAAGUUGGGGGUAUUUGUUUUUAUUUCCUUUGUCUCUUUUUUAAUGUUUUAUGUGUAAUCAGUUGUUUAUAAAAAUGUGGGAGGGCUGAAGGAAAAAAAUCUACUCAACUUGAGGAAAAAAUCUAUCAUCAAAUGAAAAGUGGUGCUUUAACACUAUAAAGUACAUUCAUACCUAUUGUAAAUGAAUGGUAAUGAACAAAAUUAACAGACCAUUUAGGAAACAGCAUUAUUCCUCUCUCUAUUUUUAUUCUUCUUCUAUUUGUAUCAAGCGGGGGGAGAGGUUCCUAAUCCUUAAGGUUGUGACACAAAAGGCAUUUCGGUUCAACCUUUAAAAAAAAAAAAAAAAGAACAAACCUAUAAGUUAACCCGUGCACUGCCUGAAACUCACCAGCAGAAAACACAACAAUCCUCCCAGUUUCACUCAUUUUUAUUAUAAACACAAGACAAGUUCCUCUCUUUUUGGCAAAAUAUGCUUCACAUGCAGACACCUUCUCUUCACAUCAUCACCCUGGUAUGUUUCUGAAUUUACACCCAAUGGAAAGAGUAUAAGGUUCUGUCUCCUGCACAUGUAACAGAAAAGGGGCAACAUUUUUCUUAAAAGCCGUCAGAAAUGUGAGGUCUAAACCAUUUACGAAACAGGCAGCAAGGUGAGCCUCUCCCCUGUUCCACCCCCUCCUCUGUAAAUGACUCUUAUAGUGCUUGUGCUGUAGUGUAUAGUUUCCCAGCAGUUAAAGGUUGUCCCUUAAAAGUGCCUUUUGUUCACAGACUCCAUUUUGUAAUCCAGAUCGCCCCUGUUUUUUUCUCGAAUCAGCUCGAGGUAGCAGGUUGUCCCUGAGUGCUGCUGUCAACAAUCCAGUGCUCAAGAACAACUUUUUCCCUCUGCUUUCGAAAUGAAUCCUCUCCAUUGUACCUCCCCUAUAUCCACUCUUCCUUUUCAAAGCCCUAUAUAUAUAUACAUACAUAUAUAUAUAUAUAGUACAAAAGGAAACUGGUGUGAAUUAGUUCUUUACUUUUAUUGAUAAAUGAUGACAAAAAACAUUUUGAAAAGGCAAAAAAACUUGUUCUCGUUCAGCUCUUGCUUUUUUCUUCCCCUCUGUCUCCACUGUCAGUUUUCUCUUAGACACUGGAGUAGUCUGUAACUGUGUGUCCGUCACUCUGUCUCUCUCUGUUUCUCUCUCUCUCUCUCUCUCUCUCUCUCUCUCUCUCUCUCUCGCUCUCUCUCCUGCUCUCUCUGCUGUUGGGAGGGUGUUAAAAAAAAUUGCCGAAAAACUUUUUUGUCUGAGCAGAAUGCAGUUAGCUCACAUGUUAUUCUUGUCUGUAUGCUUCACAUUGUAUUACCAUACCCAUCUUCUUCAGCUUUUUCCAUUCAACAGCUAAUGUAAGUGAACAAAUUACGCUGACGGGCUUUUGGGGGUGUCCUUUGGGUGGGUUGGGAAGGAAUGACAGGGGUUGGAAGAGGUUUACUGAGAUUAUCAGGGUCCUGAGGGCUGGAUGGACUGCUUUGACAUGUUGGGAAGGGGCUGCUUUGACUAGCACUGCUAUUUUGUUUCAGCUAUUUAUUUUUGGCUUUGCUUUAUUCCCCUUUUUUGUUUAAUUUUAAUUAGGUUUUCUUUUUGCUAUCAGGGUAUGCUGUCGAUGAGGCACUCUCUCUUUGGGGGGACCUCAGACUGUACAUGAAAGCUACAAGCACCUUAUAACCGGACUUGUCCUGCACGAGGCUGAAAGAGGGGGGUUUUGCGUUUCCAGGACAUAUCCCACAAUCUUUUAAAGUGAAGUAUUAUUGUUCACAGUGGGUUUCACACAGUGAGAACCCUCAGCAGUAUUAGCCACUUACAACACACCAACCAGUUAGAUUAAAGCCAGCAUGAACCUGAACUCUCACAGUUGUGAGUAUUCAGGAGAGUCCCUCCAUGUUUCUCCUCUGACCACCUCAUGCUGGACUGCUCCGCGUUUUUGUUCUGUUGUUUAUUUUGUUCUUUAUCUUCUUAAGCGUGUAUGGUUAUUGAUGUAAUAGGCAGCCCCCUAGGCCCCCUGACUCCCAGCUCUUGUACGCCUCUGUGUACGCCCUCAGUGCAGCACCACUUCUUUGUCAGAACACCCCCAGAGCUCUAGGUGAAAUGCAUGUGUUAAUUACAGUUUCUUUUCCAUAAGAAGAAAAACAGUUUGAGAAGAGCAGCACCUGAUUGAAUAAAAAGGAUGUUCUUGACUGUA